GGAAAGUUUAUUUUGCUCAUAAAUGUGAAAGGGGGAAUGCUGGUUCCCUGAAAACUGCUCCUGUUGAUGGCAGAGAGGUGGAAUGGCACAGCUGAGCUCUGGAGAGAAAGCUGCUCUGGGACAUAACGAAAAGUAGAAAUUAAAAAUCCCCCAAAAUAAAUAAAGGGGUUUAAGAAAUGUGUGUAUUUGUGUUGACAGCAUUGUGUCCCCAGCAGGAAAGGUGGUGUCCUGUGCCAGCACAGAGCCCUGUGACACAGCAAACUUGCUUGUUGAUACAAAUAACUUCAUGGCUGUCUUUGAGCUGGGUUAUUUCUGAUCUCUAAACUGGGAAUCAAGGAAUGUUGUGAAGCCAGGUCAUUCCAAACUAAAAUGUAGCAUCUGAACAGGAAAUGUAUCCAAGGUCAUCUUAGGUUGGAUUUUAUAAAUGAGGGCCUAAUGUUAGUAUUUUCUUUUUAAUAUCUAUCAUGAGUAAAUGGAAAUGUACUUGAGUAGCAUGUCUCAUUUUAAAAGGGAGCACAAGUGCACUGCUGGCUUCCACACGAUCUGCAUGUUAAAGCAAGAAAGGUACUGAGCAGUAGGGAAAAGAGGCGAUGAGUGUGCCCAGAGUGCAGAAGGCUGAGCGUGCCCAGCACAGGCUGGACAUGGGGGUUAUUUGGGGAAGGUGCGUGCUGUGAGCCGAGAGCAGCUGCUCUGGUACGGCCACGGGUCUGUCGCCCUGGAGAGGCAGGAAUAGACUCUGGGGACCACGGCUGUGCCAGUCUAUUAUUUUUCUUCAAGGCAGUAAGUAUCAAAUUCUGGUUCACUGGUACCUGCAAGGUUCAGCUGUUUCAGGAACAGCAUUCCAAGCAGAAGCUGUGCAAAAUCACGACACUGCUUUUGGCAGUGUUUUGUAUUUGUGAGAAAUCUGUAUUUGAUUCUUGCUUUUCAGACUUCUGAACUUUUAGUUCCAAUGUGUUCCUCGAUUUUAGGGGCAUUUUCCAACCUUAACAAAUCUCUUUGUGUCAGAUUCCUGGAUCGUGUUUCUUAUUGAGCAAAAUACCUUUUUUAAUGUGAAAGUUUGCUGACCUCAAAGUUUACAUCCCAAAAAUCAUUGCAAGAUCGUCAAAUACAGCGGAUUAUUAAUCCUCAAAUAACGUGUUGUCUAGAAUGAAUGCCGUUGUCGCCGAUUUUCAUUUUGGUUUGGUGUCAUCAAACGCCUGAGGUAUCGGAGCUCUCUGCUGUGGGCGCAGCCUCGCCCUGAGGCCGAUCGCGGUGCUGCCCGCGCUCCGCCCGCCUCCAUUUCGCGACUGCCCGCGCUCAAGAUGGCGGCGGCCGCCCUCAGCCCGCACUGAGCAUGGCGCUGCCGGGCGCGCGGAGCGGGGUCACGCGAGAGGAAGGGGAAGUGACGCCCCCCGUCCCGGCGGCGGCGGUGACGGGCACGGACGGGGCUGGCGGGGCUCCGUGAGGGACAAGGGCCGGGACCGGGAGCUCAGCGAGAGACCAGGGGGUGCGGCGCUGCAGCAUGGCAGAGCCCUCUGUCUCUCCGCUGAAGCACUUUGUGCUGGCCAAAAAGACCAUCACUGCCAUCUUCGACCAGCUGCUGGACUAUGUCACUGAGGGAGCAGCGUUUGUGGAAGCCACAUACAAGAACCCAGAGCUUGAUCAUAUAGCAACAGAAGAAGAACUAGCAAAAAUACAAGCAUAUAAAAACAAGUUGGCAGUCAUUGGAGAGGUGCUUUCGCGGAGACACAUGAAAGUGGCAUUUUUUGGCAGAACAAGCAGUGGGAAAAGUUCAGUCAUUAAUGCAAUGCUGUGGGAUAAGGUACUUCCCAGUGGGAUUGGCCAUACAACAAACUGCUUCCUCAGUGUGGAAGGGACUGAUGGAGAUAAGGCUUAUCUUAUGACAGAAGGAUCAGAUGAAAAGAAGAGUGUUAAGACAGUCAAUCAGCUGGCUCAUGCACUUCACAUGGAUAAAGAUUUGAAGGCUGGCUGUCUCGUCCAUGUCUUUUGGCCCAAGUCAAAGUGUGCCCUGCUGAGAGAUGAUUUGGUUUUAGUGGACAGCCCUGGCACAGAUGUCACUACAGAACUGGACAGCUGGAUCGACAAGUUCUGCUUAGAUGCUGAUGUGUUUGUCUUGGUUGCCAAUUCUGAAUCAACUCUCAUGAACACGGAGAAACAUUUUUUCCAUAAAGUGAACGAACGACUUUCCAAGCCAAACAUCUUCAUCCUCAAUAAUAGAUGGGAUGCUUCUGCAUCAGAACCAGAAUACAUGGAAGAUGUGCGUAGGCAGCACAUGGAGCGCUGUCUGACUUUCCUGGUCGAUGAGCUCAAAGUUAUUGAUCCUGUAGAAGCAAGGAAUCGCAUCUUUUUUGUUUCAGCAAAAGAAGUUCUGUGUGCCAGGAGACAAAAGGCCCAAGGAAUGCCACAGAGUGGUGAAGGACUUGCUGAAGGAUUUCAAACAAGAUUUCAGGAAUUUCAACAUUUUGAGCAGAUAUUUGAGGAGUGUAUCUCGCAGUCAGCCGUGAAAACCAAGUUUGAAAAGCACACUAUCAGAGCUAAACAGAUAAUAGAUACUGUGAAAAACAUUAUGGACACCAUAAACGUUGCAGCAGCAGAGAAAAGAGUCCAGUCCAUGGAAGAGCGAGAGGAUCAGAAGGACAGGCUGGAUUUCGUGAGAAAUCAGCUGAACAUUUUGACAGAAGACACCAAGGAAAAAAUCAAACGCGUUACUGAGGAAGUCGAAAACAAAGUCUCCUCUGCCAUGACUGAUGAGAUCUGCCGGCUUUCAGUUUUGGUUGAUGAAUUUUAUUCUGAUUUUCACCCUUCUCCUCAAGUAUUGAAGCACUACAAGACAGAACUGAACAAACAUAUAGAAGACGGUUUGGGAAAGAACCUGGCUGAGCGCUGCUCCAGUGAAGUCAACCAGUCAAUGCACCAGUCCCAGCAGGAGAUUAUUGAAAAUCUGAAACCAUUGUUGCCUUCUAGUGUUCAGGAUCAGCUCCACUUGCUAAUUCCAUGCAGGAAGUUUGACCUCAGCUAUGAUCUAAACUGUCAUAGCCUGUGUGCAGAUUUCCAAGAGGAUAUCAUGUUCCACUUUUCUUUGGGAUGGACUUCUCUUGUGAAUCGUUUCUUGGGUCCUAAGCAAGCUCAGAAAGUACUCCUGGGAUUAGCAGAUCCAAACAUACAUAUCCCUCGUCCUUUAGCCAGCAGCCCGUCUGCCGCCAGCCUUCCCGCCGUCGCUCCCGAGAGCGGGCCCCAGGAUGACUUUAUGGUUCCUCUGGUGCUGGGCUUAGCCUCGCUGACAUCCCGGACCUCCAUGAGCGUCAUCGUUGUUGGUGGAGUGAUUUGGAAAACGAUAGGCUGGAAACUGAUCUCAUUGUCCCUGAGCAUGUAUGGGCUGCUGUACCUGUAUGAGAGGCUGACCUGGACCACUCGGGCCAAGGAGAGAGCCUUCAAGCAGCAGUUUGUGAAUUAUGCCACCGAGAAGCUGCAGAUGAUUGUCAGCCUCACCAGCGCCAACUGCAGCCACCAGGUGCAGCAGGAAAUGGCCACUACUUUUGCCCGGCUCUGUCAGCAGGUGGAUAUUACUGAGAAAAACCUGGAAAGAGAGAUAGCUAGGCUUUCCAAAGAAAUAGAUCAGCUGGAGAACAUACAGAGCAGUUCCAAGCAGCUGAGAAAUAAAGCCAUUCACCUUGAGAACCAACUAGAUUGCUUCACAAAACAUUUUCUUCAAAAGAAUAAAUAAAACAUCAUUGUGAACCUUCCCAGUGCUCCUUUGUAGGGCAAAUUUUAGAAAUUUUACUGGUGCCACUUCUAUUCUGUGGAGUAAUUUGAAAUUAUUUAUAUUUUUAAUGUUACUCUGGUUACAGUUGUAAAAUUGGACUCUGGUGGUGAAUCAAACUGAAGAGCUGUGGUACUCGAGUGUUUUGCUCGUUUUGCAGAUUUUGGGUUAAAAAUUACCUUAAACACUAAGUUUUUUGGGCACUUGACAAUAAAACCCCAAAUCCUCACUGUUUUUAAUGAGUAUGUAGCAGUGGCAAGUCUCACUUCCUGGCAUCCAGGACCCGAGGCAGGAGAAGAGCUUGGCCCAGUAUCCUGCUUUCAGCUGCUUAGGAGCUGUCCAGGGAUGGAGGGUGCGGGUUUUCCGUGUGGAUGUGAUUUUGUUUAGUGGAGGGAAGUACAAACUCUGGCAUGGGACAGGACUUCUGCCAUGUUUGGAAAGCAGUGCCCAGGUGUUGGACAGUGGUUCCUCUUUAAAGGGCAGCAAAGAUGAGGGUGAAUGGUACUAAGGCAAUGCAGUGGGCUCAAAGCUCCUCUGGCCACCUCCUUGAGCCAAGAGAGCCCUGGAGCUCCUGCUGCUGCAUUCAGGGAGUAGGACAUGGUGAAACCCCCCCAUCCCUCCCUGCCCAGUCCUCUGCUGCAGACAAGGUUUCCUCUAGGUCAGAGUCCAGGCAUCUGUGGAGUCCUUUACCUUUGCUCACCUCCAGCAAAGCCUCUAAAAACUUCAGCUCUUGCUGUCUGCAGUCAUUCAAUAUCUACUUUUUUCUAACUAGACGUUUAAAAAUUAUUUUAAAAGAAAAGCCUUUUCAGAGUAUUUAUAUAUUUUUAUGGCAGUAUUAACAUUGACUAAGUUAAAGAUUCAGCUCUAAGGUAUAGGAGUUUGCUAUUUUCCAGUAACUAAGGGCUGUCUCAUCAGGAAAUAGAUGUAAGAUGUAAUGCUAGAGGUGUUAAGGGAAGACAGCAGUUCCACCACUGUGUUCAGCUGUUCCUUCUGACUGUGCAUGGGGAGUCCUGGGGGCUUGAGGGAAACUGUGGCAUCCACCCCUGAGUAACAGCCCAGCCUUGGUGUCCAUGAGGGCACAGCUGUGUAUCCAUGCUCUGUUUGUGGAGCAUUUGUAUUGACAUUGUAUCAAGGAAACCUGCAAUGCAUGUAUUCUACAGUUUUAUUUAUUAAAGGAAGUCCUAUCCCUG